CAGAAGGUUGAUUGUUGAUUGAUAAAAGCAAAACAAAUCAUCUGUCAUAGAGCCUCUUGGUUUGAUAGUGGGAAGCACAUUUUGGAGUCAGAUGGCCUGUUGUGAAGUCCAAAAUUUUAAGGAAGAUGAAAAAUGAAUCAGUGGUGACUGAAUUUAUCCUUCUGGGCAUCCCGCACACAGAGGGCCUGGAGGCCAUGCUCUUUGCCUUGUUCCUGUCCUUCUACAUUUUCACACUUACAGGGAACCUGCUCAUACUUCUGGCAAUCGUCUCCUCCACUCAGCUUCACACUCCCAUGUACUUCUUCUUAUGCAAGUUGUCUGUUUGUGAUAUAUUUUUCCCUUCUGUGAGUUCUCCCAAGAUGCUGUUCUACCUCUCAGGGAACAGCCGAGCCAUCUCCUAUGCAGGAUGUGUGUCCCAGGUCUUCUUCUACCACUUCCUGGGCUGCACGGAGUGCUUUCUGUUCACAGUGAUGGCCUAUGAUCGCUUUGUUGCCAUCUGCCACCCUCUGCGCUACACAGUAAUCAUGAGCCACAGAGCGUGCUCCAUCUUGGCCGCAGGGACUUCAUUUUUUGGCUGUAUUCAGGCCACCUUUCUCACCACGCUCACCUUCCAGUUGCCUUACUGCGGCCCCAAUGAGGUGGACUAUUACUUCUGUGAUAUCCCGGUGAUGCUGAAGCUGGCUUGCGCAGACACCUCAUCCCUGGAGAUGGUGGGAUUCAUCAGUGUUGGCCUCAUGCCUCUCAGCUGCUUCCUCCUCAUCCUCACAUCGUACAGCUGCAUAGUGGGCUCCAUUCUGCAGAUCCGCUCUGCUGAGGGCCGCCGCCGUGCCUUCUCCACCUGUAGUGCCCACCUCACUGCCAUCCUCCUUUCCUUUAUGCCAGUGGUCCUCAUCUAUCUACAACCAACUCCUAAUCCCUGGCUUAAUGCAACUGUUCAGGUCCUAAACAACCUGGUCACCCCCAUGCUGAAUCCCUUGAUUUACAGUUUGAGAAAUAAGGAUGUAAAAUCUUCCUUGAGGAGGGUACUUCAGCAAGUGACUCUCCUUUCUGAGAAGCGAUAGAAGAUGAGUAACUAAGACUUGAAUGACUUCCAACUGCUGCAGAGCUGAUCAAAAGCUAUAGUGGGGGUAUGGCAUCCAUCAUGGAACACUUUAGGUUCCUCAAAAAUUUGUUCAGUUUUUCUUUGUGUUGCUGAAUAUCUGUGGCUGAGAAGGGGACCCAAACUAGGACAGUACCUUCAAUACCUACCAUUUCUCACAGAGAUCAAAUGGUAUCAUACGUGGAUGUUGAGUUCUUUCAGUCUGAAGUGUUAUGGUAAACAGAUCCUGACCCAAAAAAAGGUGGGGCUAGGAGGUGGUCUUUAUCUCCUGGGACUCAUUGACUAUGCAGAUUGGUAAACAGGUAGCCUUGCAGACAUUAAUUUAACUCAGUGUCUAAGAAGUCAUUUAAGAAGUGAGUCAGGUGGAAUGCUUAAAGCAUAUCCCAAGAUGGGUCUGUGGGCAGGAAGAGUAAGAAUUACUUCACAGGAACCUUACUGAGAAUUCUUGGGUUGGUGCCUACUCCUGAAUCUUACAGGGCUUCUUCUUGGCCUGUCCUUCACCCCUUUAGCCCCAGAGUGUCCUCUAGUAAAGUGAGCCCCCUUGGAAUUCUGAGGCCAAAUGUCUCUCUCUGGCCUUGUAUGGGAAAUCAGGACUGCUUCUCUUAGAUCUUUACAUUUUCCCAUUUGGAAACAACCCAUCUCCUGGAUAGAAGGUCUGGAGCUAGGGUACCUUAUUGGCUGGAUGCCCCUAGCCAAUUAUAAAAUCACCUGACAUCACACUGUCUGUCUAAAGGGAAGGAAUAGGUGUUUCUAUCAAUAAAAUCCUAAUAAUCUUUGCUGGAUAGUUGUCUCUUGAGAACUGCAGCUGACAGAGGUAAUUUGAUAACUGACCUUUACUUGUGACCCACUAUCUGGGGGACCAGGGUCUGUGGGGCCCAGUAAGUAUUUCUCAAACCAUUGCAAAUACAGCAGGUAGAGCUUGCUUCCUUGUUUGCUUUCUUGCUUACUUGCUUGCUUUCUAAGAGCUAAGGAAAGUAUAAUUGGUGAAGAAUCUCACACACCACUAAGAUCAAAGAAGAAAGCAUCUGUGCUGCUAUUGUCCUAAGAGAAGUAGGAUUUGGAACUGUGCCCCCCACUAGUAGUCCAAGAAAGAGCUAGCUUUAAACUUCUAGCUCUGCCUAGUCCCAUUUCUUAAUCUCAAAUCUCCUGCAUUUUCACUAGCUCAUGCCAUGAAAGGAUGCAAGUUUCCUGGUAAAUGAAAACUUCAUAAGGGAAAGUUAAUUAGCCACCACAGGAAUAAACUUGAAGCUAAAAAUCAUUAUAAUAGUAGCAGAAUCAAGUAUGGUGGUAUGAGGAAGAAGGCUAAUACUAUGGGAGAAAUUCAGAAGUGCUCCAAGAAAAUCUACAUGCUAGGAUCAACAGGCAGCCCUAUGACUCAGAAAGGUGGUGGCGCAUAACUCAGAAAGGCUUCCUGCAGACCUAUGGACCUUUACAACACAGGGUCUGCAUGAUUCCACACACAUGGGUGGGGUACAUUAGGCUCCUCUCUCCUUCAGCUCUUUGCCUUCCCUGAAUAACUAAUAUCAGAUAAAAAGUUACAAGAUUUGAGACAAGAACAGAAAAAAAAAAAAUAGAAACCAGAC